AUGAUCCGCCGUGCCAUUGAACACCCGGGCAUUCGUUCCCUGUCUCGCUCAUCUGUGUGUGCUGUCCGCCCAAAUCUGCCAGAUCCGAGCGAUGAGAAGGCUGUCGACCUCUACAAGCUUUACCGCCCUGAGAGGAUCACUCCGGACAAGCGUGGCAUCGAGCUGCUAAAAGCACCCGGGCUCAACAAGGGCAUGGCGUUCAGCCUAUACGAACGACAAUACCUGGGCAUCCACGGGUUGCUGCCUCCGGCUUUCAUGACCGAGGAGCAACAGGCUUAUCGUAUUAUGACGCGUCUCCGUGAAGCUCCCAAUGAUUUGGCCAGGUACGGCAUCCUGGAUGCGCUGCAAGAUCGUAAUGAAAAGCUAUUUUAUCGUGUCCUCUGUGACAACAUCAAGGAGCUGAUGCCAAUCGUUUAUACUCCGACGGUCGGUCAGGCUUGCCAGCACUUUGGAAACAUCUACAAAAACCCAAAAGGCCUUUACAUCACCAUCAACGACAACAGCAUCAGCAAGGUCACCCAAAUUUUGUCGCACUGGCCACACAAGGAUGUCAAGGCCAUCGUUGUGACGGAUGGAGAACGUAUUUUGGGGCUCGGCGAUUUGGGAUGUUAUGGCAUUGGUAUCCCUGUCGGCAAGCUGGCGCUCUACGUCGCCCUGGCCGGAGUCCACCCUGAAUGGUGCUUGCCCGUGGUGAUCGACGUCGGAACCGACAAUCAAUCUCUUCUCAACGACCCGAUGUACACCGGACUUCGUCGCAACCGCGUGCGUGGGGCUGAAUACGACAAACUUCUCAACAACUUCAUGAAGGCCGCCACGAAGCGAUACGGCAUGGACACCCUGAUCCAGUUCGAGGAUUUCGGAAACUCGAAUGCUUACCGCCUGUUGGAUCGCUACCAAGACAAAUAUUGCAUGUUCAACGAUGACAUCCAAGGAACCGCGUCCGUUGUCGUAGCUGGACUCUUGGCCUGCACCCGUGUCACCAAAAAGAAGCUGUCGCAGGAGAAGCUGGUCUUCUUGGGCGCCGGAGGGGCUGCGACCGGUGUGGCCGAGAUGUGCGUGCGUCAAAUGGAAACCGAGGGCUUGUCGGAGAAAGAUGCCUGCGAUCGCAUUUUCUUGAUGGACAUUGAUGGGCUGAUCACGAAGAAACGCCACAAUCUAUCGGAGAGGCAUACCAGAUUCGCGAAGGAUUUGCCGGACACUCGUAAUUUGUUGGAGGUCGUGAAGACGGUGAAGCCUGGUGGCAUUAUUGGAGCCUCGACAGUCGCUGGUGCUUUCACCGAAGAGAUCAUCCGCGAGAUGGCCGCAAACAAUGCUCGACCGAUCAUUUUUGCGCUUUCCAACCCAACUAGCAAAGCCGAAUGCACCGCCGAAGCUGCGUAUAAGUUCACCAAUGGAUCUGCCCUAUUCGCCUCUGGUUCGCCGUUCCCGAAUGUGGAAUUGAAUGGGAAGCUGUACAAGCCCGGCCAAGGAAACAACGCCUACAUCUUCCCCGGUGUCGCCCUGGGUGUGAUCCUAUUCAAGAUUCAUCGCGUCGACAAUGAACUUUUCUUGAUGGCAGCUAGGAAAGUUGCGGAAUCGGUCACGGAGAAGAGUUUGAACACGUAUUCCCGAAUCUAUCCCCGCCUGAGGGAUAUUCGCGAGUUGUCGAUCAAAAUUGCUGUCGAGAUCGCUGAGCAUUGCUACCGCAACGGCACAGCUACUUUAUACCCGGAGCCGGAGGAUAAGGAACAAUUUAUUCGCUACCAAGUCUACACCGUCGACUAUGAAGAAUUGAUCAACCGUUCCUACGAUUGGCCAGCCAAGGACAAGCAACACGGCUUCCCGGUUCCCGUGAUGAAGCGCCAUUCGAUGGACGAUGAA